AUGGCACCUAUCACAAUCACAAAAAACGAUUAUUAUAAUAAACAAAAUGACAUUUCUACAUUGGAAUCACAUAGGCCUACAGCACAUCGAUUGAUUGUUCAUUACGGGAAUUUCAUUGAUACCCCCAAAUUAGGUGAUUUAAGAAUACGUUUUAAAUGUGCAGUAGGAGUAUGUUCAAAGACAGGUGUUAUUAAAUUCAUUGUUGAAGAAUGUGAAGACCCUAUUUCUACUGCUCUACAAUAUGAUGAAUGUUUAAAAGAAAGCGAAAUAUUCAUCGUUUCCAGCUUCGAGAACGGAAAUACCGAUUCUUUUGAUACAUUUUAUUUUCCUGGUUUUAUUGACACACAUAUACAUGCUUCUCAAUAUCCAAACUGUGGUAUAUUUGGAAAUUCGACUUUAUUAGAUUGGUUGGAAACAUACACCUUUCCUUUGGAAUCAUCGUUAACAGACACAGCUCUAUCGAACUUAACUUAUGAUGCUGUUAUAUCACAAACUUUAAAGCAUGGUACAACUUGUGCAGCAUAUUAUACGACCAUUGAUUCAGAAUCAUCCAAAAUAAUGGCUAAAAUCUGUAAAGAAAAAGGUCAAAGAGCGUUCAUUGGCAAGGUCUGUAUGGACCAGAAUUCUCCAAGCUAUUAUUGUGAAACGCUAGAUACUUGUAAGGAAUCAUCGGAAGACGUGAUAGAGUAUAUUUUAAAUGAAUUAAACAGUCCUUUAAUCAAGCCAAUUAUCACACCAAGAUUUGCAGUUGCAUGUUCUGCAGAACUUAUGACUUUUCUUGGUCAGAUUUCUGAAAAAUAUCAGCUGCCUAUCCAAACACAUUUAAGCGAGAAUAUCAAUGAGAUCGAAUUUGUUAGAAAGUUGUUUAAUGAUUGCAACUCUUAUACAGAUGUUUAUCACAAAUUUGGCCUUUUGACUGAUAAAUCAGUUUUUGCCCACUGUAUUCAUUUAAGUGAUUCUGAAAUUGAUUUACUAGCUGCUAACAAUUCCGGAAUUUCUCACUGUCCUAUUUCUAAUUCAUCGAUAACUUCCGGUGAAUGUAGAGUAAAGCAUUUACUAAAAAAGGGACUAAAAGUAGGGCUUGGCUCUGAUGUAUCGGGUGGAUAUAGCGUCAGUAUUCUUGAAAAUGCAAGACAAGCGUUAUUGGUGUCUAGACAUUUGGCGAUGUCCAUUGACGACCCAAUAAAAAAGGAAGAGAGUAAGUUAUCAGUUGCAGAUGUAUUAUAUCUUGCUACACAAGGUGGUGCUAAUGUCUUAAAUGUUAACUCAAAAAUUGGAUCAUUUGACGUCGGAAAGGAAUUCGAUGCCCAAUUGAUUAAUCUAUGCGUACACAAUAGUAACGUAGCUAUCUUCCCUUGGCAGCAAGUUAAUCGUAGUAGUAAUUUUUUAAGGAAGGAAAGAUUAAAGGUAGAAAAUAUAAUUGCGAAGUGGUUGUUUAACGGAGAUGAUAGAAAUAUCAAAAGCGUAUGGAUUCAAGGAAAACUAUGUCAUUCUAAAACGUGA